AUGACGGAUAAUCAUAAAGGUUGGCACGAGCAAUUGUCGUAUACUUUACUGGAAUACCGUACUACUACUAGAACUUCAACGGGACCAACUCCAUACUUGCUGAUCUACAGAACUGAAGCAGUCAUACCCGCUGAAGUUGAGAUACCUUCCCUGAGAAUCAUUCAAGAAGCAGAAUUAGACAAUGCUGAAUGGGUCCGAGAUCGUUAUGAGCAAUUGGUUUUAAUUGAUAAGAAAAGGAUGGUUUUCGUAUGCCAUGGUCAAUUGUACCAACAAAGGAUGGCAAGAGCUUUCAACAAACGAGUCAGAACCAGACUCUUCCAAAUCGGGCAACUGGUGCUCAAAAGGAUUUUUCAACAUCAAGAGGAAUAUAAAGGGAAGUUUUCUCCCAAUUGGCAAGGGUCUUACGUGGUCCGCAAAAUGCUCUCUGGAGGAGCGGUAGUACUGGCAGAAAUGGACGGUCAAGAGUGGCAGAAACCGAUCAACUCAGAUGAAAUCAAGUGCUGCUAUGCGUGA